AUGGUUUGGAAUGCUAUAAGAGAAAUAUGUCAAAUUGUCAAUUGGGCUGCUCUCGUUUGGUCUUCAAAGGUUAUUCCGAGGCAUUUUUUCAUCCUUUGGUUGGCUUUCCGUGGUAGACUUAGUACCCGUGAUCGUAUUCUUGCUUAUAUGGAUAUUCCGGACGCCAAUUGUGUUCUUUGUAGUGGGUUUGCGGAGUCCAUUGAUCAUCUUUUGGCCAUGGGAAUUGUGAUAUUUCCGGGGUCUUGGGAGGAUAUAAAAGUUGCUGCCCAAGUCUUAUCUAAAGGUAGUAUAUUUCAUGCUAACGUCUUUAAGUGUGGGUUUGCUGCCAUCGUUUAUCAUUUGUGGGCCGAGAGAAAUGCUAGAGUUUUUGGUAGAGUUUGUUGA